ACGUUAUCAAUUCUGUCAAAACCAUUGGAAUGUAAGCUUACGUACCGCAUAAAAUUAAGGGCAAAUCUCAAAUUGGAAUACAAAAGAUUGGUGAUGGAAUGAUAGGAAUGAUCAAGGAUCUUAAUAACCUUCUACCUACUGACAAGAUUGACGCUUUUUUCAAGGAGAAAAUGCAGAAUUCCAAGGUCUUCGCUGAUUUUAUUGGGAAAUUAAUAUCCCCGGAAAUGCAGAAAUUAGCGGGAGAUCUAUUGGCAACUCAAACUUAUCAAAAUUAUAUUAAUACGGCCAAAGAAAAUGGAUUGGAAUUGGUGGAACUGGGAAAACUUAUCAUUAGAGAGAUCGGAAGA